AUGGCAGGAGAUUUAGAUCUUGGGUUCUGGCGGAAAGUAGUCCCGCAGGUGUGUCGAAGGGAGCCCGCUGUCUGGGAUGCCGUGAACGCCAUCAGCGCACUGUUCGAGAGUCCCGAUCCAUGCCUAGAUCCAGUUUUCUUGCGUCGAAAUCCUGAGAUGUUCCAGGCUCUCGAUCAAAGCCACCAGGAUGCGCUUACUUGGUACUCGCGGUCCUUAUCCACGAUUCGGAGCCAGAUCGACCGGGGGACUGUCGACACGCACACGGCCUUGGUAAGCUGCGUGCUGUUUGUCUGCAUUGAGACUCUCCAAGGUCAUGUGGAAUCGGCAUUAGAGUUAUAUCGACAGGGCGAAACCCUCAUCCUGGAUCUACUCAACAGGGGUAUCGGGAGGAGGAUGUCUAUAGCGGAAUCGACCUUUCUCAAAGAAACAGCCAUUCCUCUCUUUCUACGAUUAGGGACCAUUGCUCUUUCCAUUUCAGGUGUUCCCCCAAGUCGUCUCAUCGGCACUCACGAUAUUAUGGUAGGAAAUCAAUUUGCUUCCCUCGACUCCGCCCGAGCGGCUCUCACACCCCUUGUUUCCGAAAUUAUGCUUUUCCAGCGGGCCGCAGAGGAGCAUGUAUUAGCUGUCGGUGGCGAGUUACAUGUAGCCGGGGAACUUUUCGCUCAACAGAAAGCUCUGGUAGCACGAAUUGAAGACUGGCAUUGUGCCUUCCAGCGAUUGCUUACAUCCGCUCAAAAGCCACGGGAUAGCGCAGCUGCCAACCUUCUGACAUACUAUGCCGCCGCCAAAAUUCUCGUCUCGGUCUGUCUGGCAUCAGAUGAAGCAAUUUAUGAUGCACACCUAUCCGACUUUCAGACUAUCGUUAAUCAGGCUGAAAUAGCUCUGGAGCUGUCGGCCGGGUUGAAUGGUGCUCAGCCGCCAUUUACAUUCGAGAUGGGAGCGGGUCUGCCACUUUUCCUAGCAGCAAUGAAGUGUCGCCAUCGUGCUAUCCGAGCAAAAGCUUUGCAGCUGUUGCGCAAAUCUCCCCAGGUACAGGGAUUUUACAAAUGCACUCCUGGUGCAGCUUUGGCUCAAGGGAUUGCAGAAAUGGAGGAGGGCCUUAGCAGUACUAUGCUAAGCCCCGAUCGUCACACAGACGCAAUGAGUCCAGCCUCCACAAUCACUGCAGAUGAGAAUGUUUCUAACACCCUCGGUCGUUCUUUGACAAAAACGCCAGAUUCGGAACGUCCAGGAGUACCCAGGACCCCUCCGCAGUCUCCAAAUAGCGUCUUUUCAAGCCCGAUGAUCAUUCCCAAUCAAGCUCGAAUCAAAUUCGUUGGCAUGUUUAGACCACAAGACACUCCAUGGCACGUGGGAAAUCAUGACCUUUCGAAGUGGAAGCGGGGACCAGAUCAACUCUACAUGAAGUUUAUGCUGUAUCGAUAUGAUAUAACCAGCGGACUAUGGGAGUGGGUUGACGACGUCGUGCCGGUAGACUAUUGA